GAUCACCGCUUCGAGUCAGUGUAAAAUGUUAUUAGCAGCCAAGCAGUGUUAAUAUCGAAGCGUUGUCGUACACACACUAAACAUUCAUUCAACAAAAACAUCCAAAUUCACUCACAACAUCCCUCAUUUCUCCAAAACCACUAACUACGCAACGCUUCAUAUUUAGUCAUAAUUCCAAGAACAAUCAAUAUUCAAUACAUGUAACUUCAUGCAACAUUUAUGUAUUAAAAAUUAUUCUAACUAGUUUAUAGUGAUUUUUUGUGAUAACUACUAAACGUGACAGUUUUUAAAACUGUACCUUAUAUAUUGAAAUCUAGUGACAAACGUGAACAUUUAUAAUUAAAAUCAUAUACACCGAUAUAUUUCCUUUAUAAGUUGUUUCUUCGGUUGAUAAUGGACCUUUUGUGUACUGAGACCGUGGCCGAAACGACAGGGCCCCAUUUGAGUAAAUCUAACAAUGCUACGAUGGUAGAAAGGAAAGUUAAUACAGCCCUGGAGGAUCGUGUUAUUUUGGAGGACCGUUGUUUGCAAAAUUUAUUGAUCAGCGAGGAACGUUACACUAAUAUUUGUUCAUAUCUAAACGAUUAUAAAAGCGACAUAACGGCGCAGAUGAGGUUCAUUGUUGCUGAUUGGAUGUUACAGGUUUGCGAGGAACAAGGAUGCCAAGAAGAAGUCUACUCCCUAGCAAUGAACUAUAUGGACCGAUUCCUAUGCGUUUGCUCCAUCCAAAGGACACAAUUACAACUUUUAGGAUCUGCCUGCCUUCUUUUGGCCUCCAAAUUACGUGAACCUAGCUCACGAGGACUGCCUCCAGAUGUACUAGUCUUUUAUACUGAAAAUAGUAUAACUCUGAGGGACCUAAUUCAAUGGGAGCUCCUAGUUCUGGCGAAACUAAAAUGGGACGUGUCAGUAGUAACGCCGCAGGAUUUUCUAGGACAACUACUAUCGAGGUUGGCACUGAGAGGAGCAGAUUAUUCAAUGGUUCUCAGGCACGCACAGGCCUUUAUAGCGGUCUCCGCAAGAGAUCACGGAUUCUCGCAAUAUACACCCAGUACAAUAUGUGCGGCUAGCAUUGUGGAAGCUCUAAGCGGCAUGGAAUGGUUCAGCCGUAGCGGCCUUACUAUGGCUGCUUUCAUUGAUUCCCUGCAUGAUAUUAUUAAUGUAGAACAGGAUUUCAUCCAUUCUUGUUGGGAACGCAUUAAUCGCCUAGUACUGGAGUGGACGGCCAGCCAAACGCAGAAUACAUCUCCGUCCGCCACGUCCUCUCAGUCAAUUUCUGUAUCCGCUGGGGCACCUCGAAACAGUAUUGGUAGUGCAAGCGAUUCUGCUUCAUUCGACGGCCAGAAAACCCGCGUAUCAGACAUAAGUGAUAGAAAUACUUUCUCCAAUCAACAAAAAUCAGAGAGCAAAUCAGGUUCCCGCAACCAGACUACGUCUGUGACACCGACGGAUGUCAGAGACGUACAUUUCUGAGGGCUUCUGGUUUCGGUAAGUUACAAUAGCGAGGCUUGACAAAAAAACUUACCGCGGUGUUAUACCGAGCAGAUUGUGCGAAGAGCAAUGUGAUACUAGACGCGGUUGUAUACUUAUGAAAACAUUAUUCUUUCCAAUGAUUGGCAUUGCUGCUAGAUGAACUUAAUAGAAGCAUAUUUCCAUUUUGCAAAAAACUUCUAUUAUUUUCUAAGAUAGCAAAUAAAUGUGUUGAUAGCGAAUAAAUAAGUAUUAGCCUUACUUAACACUUUAUAAAUAAUAAAAAGUAGCAGAAACGAUCGUGUGUUGCAUAAAAAUUGCAAUAUCAAAAAAGCAUGUAAGUGGUAUGAGAUAUUAAAAUCCUUUGUAUAUAUAGUCUUUCAUAACACUUCAUGUGUAAAAUGUACCUAAUAUGUAGAUUAUUCAUUAUAAUUAGUAUAAAAAUUUAACUAUUCACAACUGUCCAGUACCUCUAAAUUACAUAAAAGACAAGAAAUAUUAUUAUAUCGA